CAGCCGCUGUGCUACGGCGUGAAAAAAAAGAUCAUGGGGUGUCAAGACACCAGCUGAGUAAACGGAAUGAGCCAAGCGGGCUGCCUGCACUCUGCCCUGAGCGGGAGCCCAUCGGACAGAUCGAGUGACAAGUCGUCACCAAGGCGAGCUGCGCGCCAUCAUUAAUAAUUGAGAAGUGCCCUUCUUGGCUUUGGGUGUCAGGCAGCGAGGACGCCGGCAGCAACAGAAGCAGAAGAUGAUGAUGAUGGAUCUGUCAGUGCUGCCGAAUAAUAACCACCCCGAGAAGUUCCUGCAGCUGGACGUGAAGAACUUGGCGACGAGUCCAAGUUUCAUGCAGGCGGGCUUUGCAGCGGGGGCGGCUUUAUCCGGACAGCGACACUGGCAGAACCGCGUCUACCUUCAGAGAGAAAGGAAAAAUACAGACGAGGACCAUGGAAAUAGGUCACCAGAAAGCAGCCCAGUACUGCUGGACAAGUUUCUUGGGAAACACAUCACACCCAUCACCCUGAACUCGAAAAUCAAGAGGAAUCCACUUUACUCAGAUACGAGAACAGCAGACGAGUGGGACACGAGGAAGACAAAGCCUUCAUGGACAAUUCAAGAAUUCGACCGCCAUUCAGUGCAUUCGAAUCUGGUCAGUUACUUGAAGGAAGACCCAAAUGAGCUGCGCUUUUGGAUGGAAGACCCUUAUACACCCGGCUAUGACUCCUUACUGAAAAAGAAGGAGAUGGAAGCGAGACGAGCACAAAUCUGUAAAUGUGUAGCCGUGGCCUCGGGACUUGUCCUUAUUUUGAUUGUUAUCAUCACUGUUUCUGUUGUUGUCACGCUCUACAGACAUUGAUUUUAUGUUAAUUAAGCAGAGGUUCUCCAGUUUGAAUCUUGGUUCGGACAACAUCAGGCCAGAACUUGUCUGUCACACAUGAGCUUGCAGUUAGUGUAAUGGUCCUGGAAAUGUAAAAAAUUAAAAGCAGUUUACUGUUUUUAAAGAUGAGGUGGUGGCAUAUUUACACGGAGGGCCGCCCCACCAAUUAGCGGACAAGACGGAACCAUAUUUAAGAUGUGAACAACAAUGUUGAACAGAAACUGCAUGGGAAACCAUGGCUAAGGUUUUAGACUGCAAAGCAGAAGGAUGCUGGUUCAGUCCCCACCACGAACUUGGUCUCUGAUCCUGAGUGAUUCACCUUAUUCGUGACAUUUCCACAAAAGACCUGUAACAUGAACUGGGACGGCAUAGAAAAGGUGCUAUAUAACAUAAAGUUCAUAGACGUGGUACUGACCAGUGGCUAAAGCAUCAAACUGCAUGUUCAGUCCUCACCAGGGUCUCACUGUCUGACCCUACGUG